GAAGUUUGAAGCAGUGGCGGGUUCUGAUCGUGGAGUGCUGGAAGAGAACCAUGGACUUGUCCGAGCCCUUAUCUCCGGCCUGCGGCAGCUCGGACGUCCUGGCAGGUGUUGUUGCAUAUGUUGAAGUGUGGUCAUCAAAUAGAACAGAGAAUUACUCCCCAACAUUUUCACAGCAACUUCUUAAUUUGGGGGCAAAAGUUUCCAAAACUUUCAACAAACUGGUUACACAUGUGAUUUUUAAAGAUGGAAAUCAGGGGACAUGGGCUAAAGCCAUCAAAAAUGAUAUAAAACUAGUGUCUGUUCUUUGGGUGGAAAAAUGCCGAGAACUUGGCACACACGUUGAUGAAUCGUUAUAUCUACCAAUAAACACGAAUGAAGGAUUACCGCAACUUCUGAAAAAGAAGCGGAAGUGUAUGCAACCUAGGGAUUUUGUUGAAAAAACACCAGAAAAGGACAGACGACUACAAAGAAAAUUUAAUAAACUGUUUAAAGAGCUUGAUGAGCAAAAAUCUUCAGUUGAUGUUCCUGUUUUAGUAUUUGAUGAGACAGGAGAAUUAAUGUACAGCCCGAAGGCUAUAGUUGAUCGCUGUAAUGCAAUGGAAAAAAGAAUUAAAGAAAUGAAAAGUAAACGAGAGAAUCUUUCUCCUACAGCCUCCCAAAUGCCACAGACCUUUGAUUUUUCUUCACUGAAGCCAUCGAUUGGCAACAGUCCUUCGGUUGUGAGAGAUUCUCCGCAUGAUGAUGAUGAUGUGGACCGUCUUGACACCAGUUAUGAUGAACUAUGGGGACCUUCAAGAAUCGGAGAAGACUGUUCUUUUUCAAAAAAUAAAAAAGAGGAGAUUUCACCCUAUGAUGAUCAUGCGUCUAAGCAUUCCAGCAACAAAUUGGUAACUCUCACUACCCAAGUAACAGAAUCGAAAAACGGUAAUUCAGAGUCACAUCUACAAAAUAAAGCCCGUAAGUCACUACAAAACCAUAAAAUGUUUGACACUGAAAUCGAUGAAAGCAGGAAUGAUGUGUCGAAUUAUAAAUUUGCUAAAAAGCAAGAAAUAUCUCGUAUGGAAUAUAUUGCUUUAGCAAACAGUCUAACUGCAAAAUGUAAAGAAAAAUGCAAUGGUAAGAAACCUGAAUCUCCCAUUGUAAAAUCAAAAUUCGUUACAACCAUUUCAAGUGCAUCCAAAAAAGGGGACAUGAUGCUAGAGUUGACUAAACCGUGUGUGUCUUCAAAAAUCUCUGAUUCAGAGAGCAGUUGUUUUGAAGACUUUUUUACUUCAUUUUCUUCACAUAGCCGUAAACUUCUUUCAAAAUCACCAAGCUUGUCUUCAUUGACUUCCAAAAAAAGGAGAUUACUUUCCUCAGAAGAUUUUGAAUGUGAUAAUUCCAUCAUCAAGAAGAGAAGGGAGUCUCAUCAUACAGUUGGUCUUAUUUCUGAACCACAUGUAAAUCCAUCUUACACACAGAUCUGUUCUCCUGAUGUUGAGACUGUUAAUACAUCCCCUUCGAAAACAAACAGACGGGCCUCUUCCCAUCGAAGAAAGGGUACAGAAAGCCCCACAGUUGACCAUUUACAUGAGUCAGAAGUGCCUUUAAAUGGGCAUAAUACCUUAAAGAAAGCACAUCUGGGCAAUAGUCAAAUGGCAGAUUCUGCAAAAAAUAUGUGUAAUGUUAAAGGCUUUGAUGAAGUGCUCACCUUAAUGCCUUGUAAAACAGUUGGUGUAAUUGAGCCAAAGGAUGAGUCCCUGACUGUGACCACCAGCGCAUUUUUUGAAAAUGAGAUGGAAAGCUCUAAGAAAAGUACUGAAAGAACUAAAGCUUUGGAUACCGUAGAUGGACUGUCUGAUAUAUUUCAUAAACAGAGAAACAAAGGCACACUGGAAUCACGAAAGACAGACAAAACCAAAAAGACUACAAGAUCGUUGGUUAUGACAAGCAUGCCCUCUGAGAAGCAGAAUACUUUGAUACAAGUGGUGAAAAAGUUUGGUGGCUUUGUUUUUACAGACCACGUUUGUGAUACUACGACUCAUGUCAUUGCUGGUAACCCACGUCGGACUUUAAAUAUACUCUUAGGAUUAGCUAGAGGCUGUUGGGUUCUUUCUUUUGACUGGGUUUUGUGGUCUUUGGAGCGUGGACACUGGAUUCCUGAGGAACCCUAUGAACUCUCUGAUGAUUUUCCAGGAGCUCCUAUUUACCGAUUACAACGCCACCUAUCCGCUGGGGAAUACCAGCAGGAACUACUUGGAACACUCCCAACUAUGUUCAUUUCUCAACACAGCCAACCUCCUUGUGACAAACUCUAUGAAAUAGUGCAGCUUUGCGGUGGUAGAGUCAGCAAGACCCUGCGACAAGCUAAAAUCUGUAUCGGUGAAAUCGCUGGGAAAAAAAAUCCUGAAAUGCAGAGUGUAUCUGAAAAAUGGCUGCUUGAUUCUGUCGUUCAACACAAGGUGCUCCCUUUAGAAAACUACUUCUUGCUGAAAUGACGGUGAAGAGCGAUUUGCGAUAUUGAAAACUGUAAUGAUAUGACUGCU